AUGCACAUCAAAGACCGCACCUUCAUCGUCUCCGGUGGCGCGAGCGGUCUGGGCCUGGCCACAGUUGAAGAUCUCCACGCCCACGGCGGCUACAUUGCCAUCAUCGACAUCAAUGCAGAGACCGGCAGCAAGACUGUCGAACGGCUGGGUGAGCGCGUCAAAUUCUACGAAGCCGACUCUCGCGAUACGACCGCCCUGGAAGCCGCAGUCAACCACAUCUCCACCUGGACCAAACAGACGAAUGCUCCCAUCGGCGGCGUCAUCCCCGCUGCAGGCGUAGGCUUUCCUGCGAAGCUGGUAGGGAAGAACAAUGAGCCUGUCGAUAUGUCGGCGCUCGACUUCGUGCUGAACAUCAACCUCCGCGGCGUGCUGGACCUCCUGCGGCUAUGUCUGCCGCACAUGACCAUCAACUCACCCACGCAACCAGAUGGCGAGCGUGGCGUCUUGGUCUUGGUCUCGAGCAGUGCGGCCUUUGAUGGGCAGCCAGGUCAGGUUGCGUACGCUGCUUCGAAAGGGGCGAUUCGGAGUAUGACGCUUGUGCUGGCUCGAGAUCUCGCGCAGAAUGGGAUCAGGUGUAAUGCUAUUGCGCCGAGUUACUUUGAAAGCGCCAUGACUGCACAAAUGAGCGACAAGGUCAGGAAGAGUCUAGAAAAGGUUUUCGAGUUUCCAAAGCGGCCAGGACAGGCUCAUGAGUUUGCUAGCACAGUGAGGUUCUGCGUCGAGAAUGCAAUGAUGAAUGGCAUGCCACCCAAAUGGGUCGGAAUCUCAGACAGCGUCACGAUAUCACCAGACUCCGGCACCCGCUUCAUCGAUCAAAAUGCUAGCCGCUGGCCCGACGCACCCAUGGAUCCAGCUAUUCGUGCAGUCCUGGCGCUCGAGCCCGAUUUCAGUCUCGAAUGGCUCGACAUCGUCACAGAUCGCAGCAUCUUGGCCGCCAUUCUCGAGCUCUGUAUCCUUCAAAGUGAAGGUCGCGAGCAUCAAGCGAGGGAUCUCGAAUUCGGAAUCCAAUUCGUGGGCUCGAAGACGCUGGUCUUCGUUCGCACCGACGUCACCAAAGGCAAGAACAAGGCUGGAUACCGCGAAGAAUUCGAGAAAGUGUCCAUGCAACCGCAUGAGGGUUUUGAGGAUUGCCAGGGCCACCACCGGGUCGUACAACUCGAUGUCGGGUCUCUGAGAGUCCUGAUGCGCCACGGAGCAGAUGCGUAUGUCGAAGAGCGCGACUUGGAUCUGGAGAGGGCACUCGGGAAGCUGGAGCCUCGCAACAAUUCUUCGCGAAAGCAAGUCGACAACAUGACCAUCACGCGCGGCGGAGCACUACUUCCGCUAUCGGUGACACUUGAGCUCACCACAGCAAAAAAGCCCCACGGUGGCAGGUACAAUGCGCGCCUCGAUGCGAAGUUACGUGAGACGUACCUGUCCGGAGCGUCGUACUUUGUCUCUGCUGAGCACUUCCCCUCCACCACGACCGGACAAGAAGAGAGCAAGGAGGCUGUGUUCGACAAGCGCAACCUCUGGCAGUGCAACGAGACUGCCGCUGGCAGCGGAAAAGGCAGUUUCGCGGAGGUGAGGAAGGAUGCACUGAAACUUUUCUGCGAUGCGGUGAAAGACAUCCGCGAUCGUGUGCUCGACUUGGAGGAGUCUGGGGAGGGACGCCAGUACAUGGUGAGGUACACAGAGAUGGGAUUUCGCAUCUCUUCUUCUGAUGCGAAGGAUGUGCGAGGCCUCUCCAGCGAGCUGUGCGAAGAGUGGUGA